GUUCAGCCGCCUGCUGUCUUUUUUGUCUCGGUCUAGCCUCAUACUCGGACAUUUGUUUUACGGUGAGACUUGAUUCCCGAUCUAAACCCAUUUGUCACCGUCAUGCUUUUCUCGGAUAAGUUCUUCUUGUCCUCAGCAUUUCUAUUAACUGUUGGGGAUGCGCGUCCAACCGACGAGUGCUCCAAGAGUGCCAUAUACGUGCAAACGAAUGCGAAUGACCAUAAUAGCAUCGUUGCUAUUCCAAUUCAAUCCAAUGGGACGCUUGGAGCCGGUGUUCUUCAUUCCACAGGUGGGAAAGGGGGGAAUCAUCUUGAUUCCAUGACUCUACAGCCUGUCGCUCCUGAUGGGCUUCUCUCGCAAUCUGCGGUUGCUGUCGCUGGCAAUUUCCUAUUCGCUACCAAUGCGAUGACGAAUUCUGCUAGCAUGUACCGCAUCAAUCCUGAAAAUGCCACAGACCUUUCUCUUUACGGGGAGUAUCCCGUGAAAGGCACCUUCCCCAACACGGUCGCAGCUUCUCUAAAACACAAUAUUGCUUGUGUCGCUACCACGGGUCAGACAAACGGUAUCUCCUGCGCAAACUUUGACGAACGCCAUGGCCUGGGGACAUUCGACGCCCUCCGACCACUCGGCUUGAACCAAUCCACGCCGCCAGUCGGCCCCCCAAACACUGUCUCCCAAGUCGCUUUCACAGAAAACGAAGACUUUCUCGUUGUAACAGUCAAGGCCGACCCUCUAACCAACAAGCCAGGCUUCGUCGCCGUAUACCGAGUCGAAGGGAAAAGGGUCUCUCACGACGCGGUCCGUUCUUCGCCAGCUGGAACCGCCAUCCUCUUCGGCUUCGACCAAAUCCCACAUACCAACAAAUUCAUUGUCACAGACCCUUCCAUCGGCGCGGCAAUUCUCAAUCUCAACACCAAAACAAGCGAUGUAUCAACCAUCAAGGCAAUUAAUAUCACAGGCCAAGCCGCUACAUGCUGGACCACCAUUUCACCUGCUACUGGGACUGCGUUUGUGACUGACGGCGCCGUAGAUCGACUUGUGGAGAUUGGUCUUAAUGAUGGAGGUAUUGUGAAUAUUUAUGAUCUUAUUGCGAAUGGCAAUUCGGGGUUGUUCGAUCUCCGAGCAGUUGGGGAGUUUUUAUAUGUGCUAGCUCCGGGAAAAGGGACGACGAUGCCGAGUGUAACGGUUGUGAAAGCGAAGGCCGGGAAGGUGGUGCAACAUUUGAGUUUGGCGGGUCUUGGGGUUACGAAUAAUGUACAAGGGAUGGCUUUCUAUAGGUAGAAGAAGGAUUAAGUGGGAUUCAACAGCAUGACAAAAGAAGUGGUGUAGCCAUGAGUGUUAGGGUUCGAGAAAUUAGACCAGAAAGGGUGAUGAAGGCUGGCUAUCGGUUACAUGGAUCUUGAGUUGUUUAGGUUGCUUCGCUGCAGCCUCGUCCCGCCUAUUCUCCACUCCUCCGAACUUCC